ACUGAACGAUCCCUCAAUUGAGUGAAUCAUUCAAUUGAAUUGAACUGAACUGAGAGUCCAUUCAUUGCAUUCAUUGGUUUUCAUUUGAUUUGUGUCUUAAAAACUGUUGAUUCAGUCAAUUGACAAACGAUUGAAAAAUAAGAUUUAUUUUAACCACAAAUUUGUUCCCAAAGUUAUCGACAAUACUAUAAAACAAUGGAAAGAAUUGAUUCUUUCUUCUCGUCAUUGAAUCGUAAAAUUGAACCACAAGUACAGACUCAUCUCAAAGAUGUCUAUUCCUCGAUGUCUAUUGCAUUGCUGUCGGCAGCCAUCGGAGGAUAUGUUCAUUUGUUUACUAAUAUAUUACAAGGUGGUCUGUUGUCAACACUGGUGGCCAUGGGUUUUGUGAUCGCUCUUUACUCGACUCCAGAUAACGGAAAAAAUCGGUCGACAAGACUCUGGUAUUUGAUUGGAUUUGCUUUCGCUUCAGGUCUUGGUUUGGGACCACUGAUGGAGUACGCGAUUAUUGUAAACCCGACACUCAUUCCCACAGCGUUUUUGUCCACUUGUGUUAUCUUUGGAUGUUUUUCAUUGAGUGCAAUGUUUAGUGAUCAGAGAAGAUGGUUGUAUUUGGGCGGAACUCUCAUGUCUUUCUUAUCUCUACUGUUAAUGAUGUCAAUCAUUAAUCUCUUCAUUGGAUCCAAACUCUUAUAUCAGAUCCACCUGUAUUUGGCAUUUUUCGUGGUCUGCGGUUUCAUAAUGUUUGACACAACUUUGAUAAUUGAAAAGAGAAGACAUGGCGACACUGAUUACAUCGCUCAUUCAGUGAUGUUAUUCAUUGACUUUGUCGACGUUUUCCGAUAUCUUUUGAUUAUUUUAACUCAAAAGGAGGAGAGAAAACAGAGGAAAAAUAAGUGAAUUAUUGCAUAUUGUAUUGUACUGUAUAUGUAGUUAUUUGUUGUGAAUUAUAAUUAUUUUGUGUAUUUCCUCUAAUAUUGAUGUGAUGUAAUGAUUAUAUUAUUUGAUUUUAUUAAUUUGG